ACCUCUUUCUCUCGCAAGAAGUAUUCGGCAUUGAUUAUUUGAAUUCACGACAGAUUCUCAUGACUUAUUAAACUCUCGUCUUCGAAUCGGCAAAUCAUUCUCUGGUUUCCACAUUCACCGACUCAUUUAAAUAUACAUGAAGAUCAACAAGGUCUCCGAUCUCAGCUCCAUCUCCGUCCUUCCUCCUCACACAAGGAAAUCAAACACCGGGCCAAGUGGAUUGCAAGGACCACAGCUUCGCUCACAACCAUCUGGUCACUCUCAACAAUCAUUUUCUCAUGGACUUUCAUCACAAAAUGCAUUGUUAUCCCAGUUCUCUCAAAAUUCCCUCGAUGAGGCUGUGACAAAUGAUCAGAGACUUGGUUCUCAAGAACGUGAGAACUCCGUGAAAAGGCUUUCUUGCUUCCCCGCACUUACAUAUGGACGGGAAGAAAGUCAGCCACCUAACUCCAGAUCGUCAGCCAAUCUCAUGCGCAAAUGGAAUUCUGUAGAACUUAAAAGUCAGUUAAGUGAAGGACUUGAACACCGAAUUGGAAUAAUGGAAACUUCAUUGAGCAGGUUCGCGAUGAUCUUGGAUUCCAUUCAAAAUGAUGUAAUGCAAGUAAACAAAGGGACAAAGGAAGUUACUUUGGAGAUGGAACAUAUGAGGCAGAAGUUGAUUGCUCAAGAUAGCACACUUCAGUUAAUGACCAAAGGACAAGAAGAAAUUAAAACAAGCAUUGAUGGGAGUUUGAAAUCUUUAUCUGAUCAAGUGAGCAAGGUCACGAGCCAAGACAAGUUACAAGAAACAUUUUUGGUUGUCUCAACAUUGCCACAGUUAAUUGAAGCAUCUCUACAGAAUCUACAAAAGGAAUUACAGAACAACUUUUCCAAGGAAAUGCAGGUUGUUUCUUGCAGCUUAAAAAGCCUUAAUAGAAAAGAUUUGGCUCCAGCUACUAUAUCGAACAAGAGUAUCGGCAACCCAGUUACCAUACCAAAAAAGCUUCAGGUUCCUGUUAGUGGUGUUAAAAUUAAUGUACAAGCUACUAGAGCUCCAGAGGUAGGAAAUGAAGGCUGGAAAUCGGUCAAAAAAGUUGCUUUUUCGGAUAGAUUGUCUGACAAAGAGCACAAGCAAAAAGGGCCUUGCUUAGAAAAGCAUGAUCGGGGAGAAAGAGACUGUAAAAUUAUCAUUGAAUCGGAUGAGGAGACUGAUGGAAGUUUUUCGUGCCUGUCCGAAAAAUGCACAGACCUAUAUGGGAAAUGGACAAAGGAAGCGAAGGAAGAAAGUGAACGGAUUUUGCGGGAAGCAAGAAGGCGCAAGAGAAAGCACUGUAAUACCAUAAUUAUCAACUAAAGCAACGGCAGGCCCAGUCUCUGAACAAGGAGGGGGAAACGAUGAACCAGCCCAAGCAAGGAAGCCCAGAACCAAGACCAAACCCAGAAAGUUUAGUGAUUACAUGCUAAUGUUACCAAAAAAAAAAGCAUAACAGGCUACAUUUCUGAUUACAUACUAAUGUUACCAAAAAAGAUAGCAGACUACCUUUCUAAACAACCCUUAAUUUGACGGGCACAAGCAAGUAAAACAUGAGAGUCGCUGUACCUGUUAAAACUGACACUUGUUAUUAUACUUUGUAGCUCUGUUGGAGGAAGUUAUACAAGUCAGAAGGUAAGUGUAGUAAUAUUGCAGUCUAACACUUCGUAAGGAGCUUCUGGGGUCCAUUAUAAGA